CCCCUCCUCGGCCGCGCGCCUCGCUCCUGGCGCGGAGGGAAGGAGGAGGCGACGCCCCGGAUGCCCCCGCGUCACCCCUGGGAGGCCCGCAGCUCCGCCGGGGGGAGAAGGAGGAGGAGGAGGACGCCGAGCAGGAGGAGGAGGAGGUAGUUACAUCAAGCUGGGUGGCAAGCAGAUCCAAAGGAUAUCAUGAAGUUUCCAGGCCCUUUGGAAAACCACAGAUUGUCUUUCUUACUGGAAAAGGCAAUCUCUAGGGAAGCCCAGAUGUGGAAGGUGAAUAUGCCGAAAAUGCCUACAAAUCAGAGUGUUUCUCCAUCACAGAGAGAUGAAGUAAUUCAGUGGCUGGCCAAACUCAAGUACCAAUUCAACCUUUACCCAGAAACAUUUGCUUUGGCUAGCAGUCUUUUGGACAGGUUUUUAGCUACUGUAAAGGCACACCCAAAAUACUUGAGUUGUAUUGCAAUUAGCUGCUUUUUCCUGGCUGCCAAGACUGUUGAAGAGGAUGAGAAAAUUCCAGUUCUGAAGGUACUGGCAAGAGACAGUUUCUGUGGAUGUUCCUCUUCUGAAAUUUUGAGAAUGGAGAGAAUUAUUCUGGAUAAGUUGAAUUGGGAUCUUCACACAGCCACACCAUUGGAUUUUCUUCACAUUUUCCAUGCCAUUGCAGUGUCAGCCAGGCCUCAGUUGCUGUUCAGUCUGCCCGCAUUGAGCCCGUCGCAGCAUUUGACCGUCCUCACCAAACAGUUGCUACACUGUAUGGCCUGUAACCAGCUUCUGCAGUUCAAAGGGUCCAUGCUGGCCCUGGCCAUGGUUAGCUUGGAAAUGGAGAAACUCAUUCCUGAUUGGCUUCCUCUGACAAUUGAACUGCUUCAGAAAGCACAGAUGGAGAGCUCCCAGUUGAUCCAUUGUCGAGAGCUUGUGGCACAUCACCUUUCUACUCUGCAGUCUUCCCUGCCUCUAAAUUCCGUUUAUGUCUACCGUCCCCUCAAGCACACUCUGGUGACCUGUGACAGAGGAGCGUUAGGAUUACAUUCCUCCUCUGUCUCAGGCCCAGAUUUCUCCAAGGACAACAGCAAGCCAGAAGUGCCAGUCAGAGGUACAGCAGCCUUCUACCAUCACCUCCCAGCUGCCAGUGGGUGCAAGCACACCUCUGCUAAACGCAAAGUGGAGGAAAUGGAAGUGGAUGACUUCUACGAUGGGAUCAAGCGGCUCUAUAAUGAAGAUAGUGCUGCAGAAAGUGUGGGUUCUGUGUGUGGCACUGAUUUAUCAAGGCAAGAGGGACAUGCUUCCCCUUGUCCACCUUUGCAGCCUGUUUCUGUCACGUAGUCUGAACAUGCGUUACCUGUCAGCGCAAGUGAAGGUUGACUACUUGGGAACAACCUGUAAAACUAGGACAGGCUAUGAAGGGAUAUAUACCUUAUCAGGCUAAUUUGAAGAGAGCGAGAAAAAAAAACCCUCAUUUACUUGUACAGUUAAUUAUAAUUUAGUAUUGUUUAAGGCCAAAAAUACCUACCAAAACAUUUUUUAAAAGUAAAUUUCUUUGUAGUGUGUCAGUUAUGCUCUUUUUCUGUGCUAAAAUGUAGCUUGCCCCAUUUCAAAGAAUUGUUUGGGAAAAAAUUCCAAAAUUCAAAGCUGUCCACCCUUUUUUCCCCAGCAUCCUGAUUUAUUUUCCUUUUGCUUGUUUUUCUAUUGAAUACUUAAUAAAUUUUAUGCACGUUUAUGUUCUCUGCCUUCCACUGAAUAGGUACACAGCCCCCCUUUUUUGGUAGCAAAAUUAGUGUGACAGCUAUGUUUAUUCCAUGAUUUAGAUUCCAGUUAGUCUCAAAAGUAUACUUUGGAAUUGUCCAGAUGAAUCAGGGGUGGUAAUAAAAACAGUUCUCACAUUACCACUUGAUUUUGUCUCAUUUUAGUUUUUAGAGUUUAAAAACAAAGUUACUGCUAUAUUUUAUCUUAAAUUUUAAAAUGGCAGGUAACUAGACCACAUAUUUGUUGAAAACAUUUUUUGACAUUUGUAUAAAAGAAUUUGUGACAAAGUUAAUAUAUCCAGGUGCUCACCAAAGAAACAUAGGUUUUUGUAACUGAUCUGUUUUCACUCAUUUAUAAUCGGUAGACUGUCUAGAUGUUGGGGCAGCUCUAUGAUUUGAGUCUGUAAUGUGUAAUUCAGUACCCUCAUUUAUAUUAGGAUGUUAGGACUUUCUGAUAAAAAUUACUCCAUUUCCCAACCUACCUGUACUUCUCUUAAUUACUAUUGGAUCCUGAGCUCCCUUUGCAGUCUGGGUAAGGUAUUGGCAGUCAUAGUCGUGUACUGAUGAUAAAAGCCUCUGGUAGCAAUAAAAGGUUGUCCUUGA